CAGAUUUGUGAGACAUUCCCACGUUUGAAAGGGCUCUGUCUCGAAUUGUUGUAUAACACUCUAAUAUUGGAAUUUGUAUUUGUUGCAGUGUUAUUGUAUUUGUUUGCUUCAUCAGCUAUCUGGAGGCCGGGGCCAUUGCUCUUCGUGUCUCAGGCCUGGCAAGCAUAUGUGCUGGAACUCUGGCGUUUCCGCAGCGUAGCCGCAACUUUCACGUACUGGUCCAUGUGGCGUGCAUUUCGUGUUUCGCUGAUCACGCUUCUAAUCGGCCCAGGAGGCACAGGACCUCCAGAUGUACCUUUCUUGGUUGCUGUUGAUGUAACUGGAACAAAUUCUGUGAAUGUAAGAUUCCAGGAGCCAGAACAACAAGACUCUGCUUUAUGCACCAAAUUCAAAGAUAACUUUACAAUUAUGAUUAUUCAUGAUCCAUUUGUUUAGGGCAAAUAUGU